AAAGAGUUAACUUGCUGUUAAAUCUCACUUUUCCUCUUUUGUCACUCACUCUCUCUCUCAUCUGAAAAAUUUCACAAGUGAAACGUGCCAAAAACCUCGUGAGAAGUGAAAAAUCAAUCAAAAACUCCACAGUGUACACGGAAGAUCGUGGAUUUUCUCUCAAAACCCAUCAGAGAUCAGAAGAAAAUUCCUUUUGCAUAAUCUUUUCAACGAUUUUUCCCUCGACAGAAUGUCAGCUCAUGAAUCGCUCCUACAAUGCUGUGAAUGUUCAGACCGUUCAGACAAAAAGUAGGAAAGUGUGAAAAAAAAAGUGAAUUAAAAAUACAAUGUUUUGAAACAUAGAGAAGGAUUACAAAAUAAACACCAUAAAAGCUGCAAAGUACUACAAUAUCGUGGCUGAAGCUUUGAAAAUUUAGCAACCAAACAGAAAAGGGACAGUGCAGACACACAAAUCAAUUGGAUUACUGACUACUGGGGCAUUUAAUCCAUAAACACUGAAGUGUAUCACGAGGGUGGUGCAGUCACAUAGGAAAAGCAAAUCCUCCAGUUUUUUUUCGAGUGGAGAAACAAUAGUGUUUAAAGAGCCACUUUUGGUACAAGAGAAUAAAAUUCAGUGAAAACGAAAAAAAAUGAUCCAUGUCGAUGAAUCGGAUCCCAUUGGGGAAAUCGAACCAAACUUUCCCACACGCGAUGUCACCAUUAGACGAGGUGUCGAUGCCAAGGAACACUAUGAGAUGAUCAAAGAAAUUGGCAGAGGAAAAUUUGGCACAGUGUACAAAUGUCGCGAAAAGUCUACAGGAUUGCAAUUGGCGGCAAAAUUUGUACCCAUCCCCAAACGUGAGGAUCGCAGGAAUGUUGAACGUGAGGUGGAAAUUAUGAAUUCACUGCACCAUCAUCUUAUUAUUCAACUCUACGAUGCCUUCGAGUUUGGCAAAAUGAUGUGUGUCGUCCUCGAUUUAAUUGAGGGUGGAGAACUCUUUGAACGUGUUAUCGAUGAUGACUUCAUUCUAACGGAGAAAGCAUGCAUAGUUUUUGUACGACAACUAUGCGAAGCAAUGGAAUUUGUCCACAGAAAGAACAUCCUACAUCUCGACCUUAAACCUGAGAACAUUAUGUGCCUAACACGUGAAGGGAAUCGUAUAAAGAUCAUUGAUUUUGGGCUAGCGCGAAAGUUUGAUCCAAAUAAGAAGUUGCAGGUUCUCUUUGGAACACCUGAAUUUGUAGCUCCAGAAGUUGUAAACUUUGAUUCCAUCUCCUACGGAACAGAUAUGUGGAGUGUAGGAGUUAUCUGCUACGUUCUACUAUCGGGACUUUCUCCGUUUAUGGGUGAAACGGAUAUUGAAACAAUGGCCAAUGUAACCAUUGCAAAGUAUGAUUUUGACGAUGAUGCAUUCCGGGACGUGAGUUCGGAAGCAAUUGACUUCAUAUCGAGUCUCCUUGUGAAAGAUGCUGCAUCGCGGAUGACGGCAUCGGAAUGCUUAGAGCAUGUUUGGCUCAAGAAACGUCCAUCGCGUCCUACUCUAGCUCCUAAACCUCUAGCUGUUCCCCCUCCAAAGUAUAUUAAGGAACCCAGUCCUAUACCAAACAAUAAGUCUCAGAUUGGCAAUUUAGAUACAACAAAGGACAACCUGAAGACUUUUGUAGAGCGAUGGGGUGAACAUCCAAAUAGUCCGUACAUCUUUGAUACAGAUGCUCAAUUUAUAGCACCGCUAUCUGAAGAUUCUGGAUCCAUAUCAACGCAGCCAAUCAAUGAUGGGAAUCUUUCAUCUCGAGGAUGCUCUCCAUCACCAUGUGGCUCCGUGAGCAGUUCACAAGACGUAGCAGACACAGAGAAUGAACUCAAAGAGUUGGAUACCAACAGUCCAGACAUGGUUAAUGGUGGUGAAGAAUGGUCCGAAUCACCAAAACCAACAAAUAAAAUGUUCAGAGAGUACCUACAGUGCUUUGAACGACGCAACUCAGAUAGCAAUUUCGUCCUGAAGCAUAGCAACAGCAUGGAGAAGAUAAAUCUAGCUGAUGAAAUAAAGAAGCUAUCAGAUCGCCUACUCAUGCUUUCAGCAAUUAAAGUGGAUAAGGAUGAGGAAAAGUCCGAUGCAGGAAAUCCAACGGAAAUCCCGGAGAAAACUGACAAUAGGACAAAACCUGAAAUCAAACCUAAACCUGAUGUUAAAGUAAAACAGAGCACUGCAGAAAAGUCUGAUCCCAAAGUAAAAUCAAACUUCAAGGAAGAGUUGAAGGGUCAAGUGAAAAAUGAAAUUAAAGUUGAACCAGAAAAGCCAGAAAAAUCAAGCAUAGAGGAAAAGUCAAAAAUUCAGAAACCUACUUCAGAAGCAUCUUCAACCGGAGGGAAAAGCCCACAAAUGGCACCAAAGAGUAAAAGCGAAAAUCCAAGGAGUAAGGUGGAUAUUUCAAAAACAAGAUCGAAUCUCGUGGAAUCAUUCAAUAAAUCCAUAAAUCAGGCACAUAGUGAAAGAAAUGAGAUCCACACGAAGACAUCCCAAUUUACACGAUCGCGAAGUGUUAUUGGAAAUAGUCUGAUAAGUAGUAUAACAGAAUCCCUCUCUAGGCACACCAAGACCUCCGUUAGUAUAACGAAGGAACCAAAAAUCAAUGGAUUCUCCGAGAGACUGACCAAGACAAUUGAGGAGACCCCCAAGGUAACAGCUGAGGAUAAAUUAACCCUCAAAACAGCCCCAAUUAGUGUCCCAUGGGCAGCUGCCAAUAGAAGAACAAAAUUCCGCAUGACGCAGUUCAGUCGAGACGUUCCUGUGGGAUCUCCGCAUCAACAUCAACCAAUCUACAUUGAGGAAGCCGCUAAUACAACAAAAGAUUGCCUCCUGCAUCUUCUGGAAAAGUACAGUGGUGUCAGUGAGAGUCGAACCCCAUCAAUUUCUACCCUUGGACGACAUCAGAGCUUCUCCUGCGCAUGGGGUGCCGAAGAGGAUCUAGAACAGCGAUCUAUGAACUCCAUUAAUGCCUUUUUUCAGCGACAUGCCAGUCAUAUGGGUAAAUCAUCUGUAAAGCAAAUGCAAGCUACGAUCGAGGGAAAGGGGAAAAUAUGAGUUCCUCCAUGUGUGGGGAGACAUUGGCAUGGAAGAAUCUACGGGGAUUCCCCUGGGAUCCCAUCAUGGCAGGCAUUGUCAAUGAAAGACAAUCUUCAGCAGCAGAACGAGAGUGAAUGAAAGCCCAUAUUGGGAUGAUGCAAAGAAUGCUUGAAGGAAGAAUCAUGAUUAAGGAAUCAGGUCUUACUCAAUCUAGGCAGAGAAGCUAGAAUUUUAAAUCAAGACCUAGAAAUCUUUUAAAAAAAUCUAUGGCGGAAACUAACUUCCAUUUUAUAAUUUGGAAUUAAAAGGAUUUGAAGAAUAUCCUUAACUAAUAUUUCAGUUAUCUUCUGAAAUUCUAAACAUAGAAAUAGCAAAACCGGAUUUACAAAAAAUAAGAAUAAACAAAUUGAAUACUCAGAAAAUCAAUCCUGCUCGUCGAGACUAGAGCAAACAGGAUAAAAGGUAGUCUUGCAGGCAACUAAAAUCGAUUGGAAUUAGACCAAUAUGGACCUAGAACUUAAGUAACUAGAUUCCUGGGAUUCACAGGAACUAGUUCAAGCCUAGAUAUUGAAGACUUAGAAGAAAAUUUGAAUUAUUAAAAAAAAAGGAUUUAAAAUCCUGAAACUAGUCCCAGUUUCAUCUUUAAAACCUUUUAAAAGUGCUCUCAAAUAUUCGAUCUUGGUUAAAUCUUAAAGGCUUAUGGUUUAUUGUUAGGUAAAUUCGCGGCAAAAGACUGCAGGCAGUGCUAGAAACUUGAAAAUUGGCAUAAAUGUUCCUUAGGACAUACAUAUAAAGGAAGGAAAAUGAGUUCGGUUUGGUUUCGUCGGUUAAAAAGCAAAUGGCGGCCAAUUUCCAAAAUGGCGUCCUUUUGAGCUAUAAUGUAAUCUUAAGUAUAUCGUAGGUGGUUGAAAUUUUAGUAUGCUAUGGCUGGCAUCAAGACCUUUCCAACGAUAGGUCAUUUGACUUCCUAGGUCCCCUAGAAACUGAGAUAUUGCCAUUUUUAGGUUUUUCUUUAGAAGCUCAUAUCUCCGGUUCUAUUUUCAAGUUUCUAGCACUACCUGUAGUCUUUUGCCGUGAACUUACCUAACUAUUAUGGAUUCCACAUUUGUGAGAACUAUUUAAAUUCCUUCGUGGGUAUUAAAAAAAAUGACCCAUAUUGUAGUCGAAAGUUUUAUCUUUUAUCCUGAUUUGAAGAUUCAAAAAAAAAUUCCUGAGCUUAUCCGAGUUAAAAUUACUGACUAAUUUCCUGAGGUUGAAUAGAAAUAAUGAGCUAUAUGCCCUAAAAGGAAAGCAACUAGAAGUUUGUACACUAUUCAAUACAAUUUUUUAUUCCUGGAACGGUAUGAUGUUCCCAGAAAGUGCCGUAAGUGGCUGGAAGUUGUGCAGGCAUCUUUCCCAUUGCAUCAGGAAGUUUCUAAGGGAUUUUAAGAACCUCCUUUUCAACACCCGGCCGAUCCUUGAUUUCAUUUAGGGGUGAAAAUCUGUCUAUAUAGGAAGUUCUUUUUAGACACAGAUAUUGGCCCAAAGAUGACACCAAGGAUCAGCCGGGUGAUGAAUAGGAAGUUCCUAAAAUCCCUUAGAAACUUCCUGAUACAAUUGGCAGUUAUCCUGCACAACUUCCAGGCACUUACGGCACUUUCCGGGAACACAUCAAACCGUUCCGGGAAGGAAGUGUAUUCAAAAAGUGUACAAACUUCAAGUUCCUCAAAAGGAAAUUAGGAGUUUUUUUUUAUUAUUGAUCCUUUGUAGCAACAUUUCAGAUAUUGGAAUUUUUCCUGGACACAUCUGUGUUAAUGGAAUAUAAUGUGAAAAAUGAUGAAAAAUAAACUCUGCAAAUAAACCUUGUAGGAGACAUUAAAUUAAUUUAAAAAAAAAAGAACUUGAUGGUAAAUUGUAAUGAAGAUUGCCUAAACUACUCCCCCUAGCUUUAAGCACUCCAUUUUUAUUUAUUUAAUGCCAUUAUAUUGUAAAUAAUGCGGAUGUAUGUAUUUUCUCAAAUUGUGAAUAAAGUAUUUUUCUUUCUCAAAAAA